AUGAGCGUAUCUUUAUUAGGGCGUAAAUUUGGGUCUCCAAACGUGCUAAUUGAAGAGUGCGUUUCGGUUAAUCCGAUCGAUAAACAAGGGUUGAAUGUCAUUAGGGUAUGGAUCAUGCAUUAUCCGACAUUUGCAUGA